CACACGCUGCAGCCCAGAGGGUGGGGGUGAGGAUUUCCGUAAGAGACGAGCUGGGCGUGGCUGGGUGUUUGGCCAAUCCAGGCGCGUUCCUGUGUUGUGCGGCCGGUUUGAAUCCCGGGGGCUGCCGUUAGGUUCGUUAGCCGGCGGAGAGCUGCUUCAGCCGCGCGCCCGAGCCCCCACCCGCGCCGCGAGGAUGCCGCGGACCCCGCGCAAGAGCGAGGUCCUGGCCUCCUCCCUGGUGAGCAGCGUCAACCACGCCCUGGGGAAGCUGCUGGACAUCUGGCACCAGAUCGGCAUCAAGGAGGAGAUGCAGCUGGAGCGCAUGCAGGCGGUCAAGCAGCACAUCGAGGAUCUGUUGAACGAAAUGAUUACAGAGGAAUGCCAGUUAAAGGAAAGAAUCGAAAGCAGCAUUGAACGCCGUAAAAAGGAAUUGACGUCACUGAGAAAUGAACUGUCGCUGGACCCCUACCUGGCUGAAGAGGAUAUAUCCAUCCUUCAGAUGGAGAAAGAUCUACGACUGGCAUUAGAUGCUACACUCAAAGAAAAAAAUGAGAGACUGGAGGAAUUGAAGCAACUUCAGCAGCAAGAUGAAAAGCUCUGUGCUGAGCUUUUUACCACCCCUUACUAUAUUCCUACUGGCAGCAUUCCAAGUCGUUUACAGCUGGAAGAGUUAAAGGAACAUGUUCGGAUGCGUUCAGAUGAGAAGAAACAACGUCUGGAAGUUUUUCUCAAACUAAGAAACGAAAUCAGGCAGUAUAAUGAAGAGAUUGGGCACACACCUGAUUCUACUCUUGAAAAAGAGGCACUCUCUGAUGAUGAGGAACCUUUUUGUCUUACCAAUAAGAACAUUGAAGCUCUUCAAACACUUGUUAAUAAGUUGCAGUUGAAGAAAGAAUCUGUAAUCUCAACACGGGAGGCUCUGAAGGAGAAGGUACGACUUCUGUGGAAUAGACUGCGCUGGCCAUUAGAGAAGCAGGAACAAUGUAAAAUGAAUAUUAAAGGCUCCAUUACUCAAGAAGUUACCAUGUGGGAAGAAGUGCUGCUGCGUCUGGAGGAACUGAAGAAAGAAAACUUGAAGGGAGUGAUUGGAAAAGUCAGACAGGAGCUUGACCUUUACUGGGAAAAAUGUUUGUAUAGCACAGAACAGAAAUCAGCCUUUCAUCCAUAUUAUGAUGAUAACUUUACAGAAGAUUUGUUGAACCAACAUGAUGAGGAAGUUAUGAAAAUGAAACUCUUUUAUGAGAAAAACAAGGCUUUAUAUGAUGGCAUUGCUAAAUGGGAAGCUACCUGGAAACAGUUCAUGGAGUUGGAGAAAAAAUCCACAAAUCCAAACAGAUUAGUUAACAGAGGUGGCACUCUAUUGAAAGAAGAGAGAGAACGCUCAAAGAUCCACAAGCUGUUAACAAAGUUGGGAGAAGAUCUGAAAAGGAGCAUUGAAAGCUGGGAAAAAGAACAAGGCUGCAACUUCCUGAUCAAAGGUCAAAGGUUCCUGGACUACAUGGCAAAUCAAUGGGAACAGCACAAACUUAAAAAGGAACAAGAGAGAUUGACGAAGAAGGAAGAUUCUGCAGUUCUGAAAACACCCAUGAAAAGGCAUGCUGGCUCAACCACUCAAACUCCCCUUAAGACAAGGAAGUUACACGGAGUCACAAAUUUCACUGUGCUGCGGGCAGCCAGCUGCAUCAGUCUGACCAGCACGGGUACUGCAGCUGUUGCCAGAACACCCAUUCCAGUUUGUAAGACACCAUCUAAAAGCACACCACCAGAGUCCCUGCAGCCAGCACGUUUACAAGAGGACAAAGAAAACCAGCAAACCAGCAAAUCUAUCAAUCAAUUCAGCUACUUAGACUUCACGGAAUAUAUGGUAUUGGUCACCAUAUCACAAAUGGUAUUACUGCAUCCUCAACUGCAGAAUUGGACAAAAGUUCAGGUCAGAAAAACACAAGGAAAGGAUCAAAAGAGGACACUCUAACUGGAUAAGCCAGCAAAAGAAAGAUCUUUCAAAGAAAACUAGCAAUACCAGUGGGAUUUUCAACUCUACAGUAAAUGAGAACAGAUAUUAAGGAUCCUGUUGCUGCACCCUCUGAAAUGCCGGGAUAACUCAUUUCUUUGUGGCACUUGAGCUCUUUUAACUAUUUUCAUAGAUGGGAGAGAUGAUGACUUAUACUGUACCCUUGAUGCCAGUGCCUUGACUAACUCCGGCUAUCAAAUUGGCACAUGCGGCAAGUCAAAAGGAUUUGUGUGGUACCACAAUUGUACCUUGAACUCUAUUUCCUAGCUAGAAAAUAAAAAUAGAAAGUAGCACUUAAAAGUAACAUGUUGAAUUAGUGAAGUCUUUAAAAUACUCUAACCAAACAUCUGCAAGUCUUAGUCUUCAGUUCAAGUAUUUACCUUGUCUUUCUUUAUUGGUGUGGCUGCAUGAUAUUGAACUGGCUCAUUUUGUUUUACUGAUGAACAUUUGUUUUUUUCUAGAGUGCUAACAUAAUCCUUUUUUUUUAAAAAAUGUAUAUUCAAGCCUUUGAACUGUCUCAACUCCUUCAUGAAGUUCAGACUUGCAGGUUUCAUGUACUUAAUUAUUCUAAUUGUUUUACCCUGUCACGCAAUUAACUCUCAACCUUGGUGCUUUUUAACCAAGCCUUGCAGGCAAUUAUGAAGCAAUGCGGGGGGGGAGAGAUGCCGGGGAACCCUUAGUUGAAGUGAAGUGAUCACAAUCCCUAAUCAUCUGAACUGUUCAAUGCAACUUUGUUUACUUUCUCUUUAUCGUAUUAAUAUCAUGUCUUGAACUGAAAAUGUACCUUCACAUUAGUGAGUAAACUGUCUGAACUGCUUUGAGGAGAUCUGGAUAAUGUUGUGGCUAGAAUAAAAACGUAUGUUUACAAGUGUUUAAAUAUUUCUUAUUGUAUAUAGUGUGAUUCUGAAAAGCAAUUGAUAUAAUAAAAAGAUGUGUGUU